CCGUGGACACAAAUUCCGUCGGACUUUGCCGAGGGAGGAGGCGGACAGGGAAACACGGUGCCUUCUCAUCCCUCUAGACUCCACCACUCCCCGUCCCCACCAGCUCGGAGCCACCUUUAGAGCCGGCGGCGGCGGCGAGGCAGGGCCGAGCCGACGGGGCGGUGCCCGCCGCCGUAACCAAUGGCUCGGCCGGGCUGUUUAAAUAGACUCGUCCUGUCAAUCAUUUUCUUCUUCGUCAGCCUCCCUUCAAUCGCCAUAUUGGGCAACCGAGGAAAAGGGCUCGUCUCUUGUUUUUUUCCGUCUACGCUUUUACUACGCGGCGGCCGGUGCGAGCGGCGGGGUCAUCACCACUGCCGGCGGGGCAUCGCGGGGCCUCUUCCCCGACCCCGCACCGCGCCUCUACCCACCUGGGACUCCGCCACGGCGGCGGCUCUCGGGGCUCACCCCCGGGCCGGCGCUUAUGCAAGGGCGCUUUCUCGGCCCUUCUCCGUGGGCGAGCGGGGCCGGAGAGCGGGUCAGCUCGGAGAGGAGGCGCGGAGAAGAGCGGCCGAGCGCCCAGAAGUAAGAAGGCGGAGAGGAGGAGGAGGAGGAGGCGGCGGCUGGGAGGGGGGAGAAAGCAGCGAGCAAAACAACCGCCGCCAGAAGAAAGAGGGUCAGGGGAGAUGUCAAACGUCCGUAUUUCUAAUGGGAGCCCUACCCUGGAGCGCAUGGAAGCCAGGCAGUCGGAGUACCCGAAGCCGUCUGCGUGCAGGAACCUCUUCGGGCCGGUGAACCACGAAGAAUUAAACAGGGACUUGAUGAAGCACCACCAGGAGAUGGAGGAGGCAUGCCAGAGGAAGUGGAAUUUCGAUUUCCAGAAUCACAAGCCGCUGGAAGGCAGGUACGAGUGGCAAGCCGUGGAGAAGGGGAGCUCGCCCGACUUCUACUUCAGACCGCCGAGGCUACUGAAAGCUGCCUGCAAGUCCGCUGGCCGCCAGAGCUUGGAUGUAAACGGGAAUUGCCAAACCGUGGUUUUGGUCGGCUCUCAGGGAAUCUCAGAGGACACUCACUGUGUAGAUCAAAAGACUGAUGUUUCUGAAAAUCAGACGGACUUUGCAGAGCAGUGCACUGGGCAGAGGAAAAGACCUGCUACCGAUGAUUCCUGUCCUCAAAAUAAAAGAGCCAACACAACAGAAGAAGAGGUUUCAGAAGACUCCCCCAGUGCCAGUUCAGUGGAGCAAACACCCAAGAAAUCAAGCCCAAGACGACAACAAACGUAAACUGUUUAGAACGGAGGAUGUGCGUGUGUCUUCGUUCCUCGGGUGCGGCGGGGGGCGAUGAAGCGAGGAAGAUGUAAAGUUGUAGUGGAGACUAAAAUACAUAUCGGCCGAUCUCCGGGGGAUGGAGGUCCUGUACAAGCACUGAAAACAAAACAACAAACCAACGAUAGCAGCAAAACAAAAACGUCAAGAAGAAGAAAGCAAACAAUAACACUAAGAUUUUCUAGGCACUCUUAAAAGACCUGCCUCUAAAAGCAUUGGAUGUAGCAUUGUGCAAUUAGGUGUUUCCUUAUUUGCUUCAUUGUACUACCUGUGUAUAUAGUUUUUACCUUAUGUAGCACAUAAACCUUGUUGGGACGGGGAGGGGGAGGGAGUGGAAGAGGGUGACCGUUUGGAACUUGCUUUCACAGUCUAGCAAGGAAAGAAACGUAUGAAGAGAAGCAGUGUAGGGUUUUUAUUACUUAAAGAUGUAUUGUCCCUUUCAGUGGGUCUGCUUGUCCUUUAUUUUUUUUUUCCCUCCUUUUAUUUUUUUUUUAACUGUCCCAUGGUGGUAAUGCUGCUCAGAGCAGAUUAUUGCCGUCUGCUUGGGAAUUCCCCCCCCAACACACACUUCAUUAAGUUGAAAAGGUGUGGAGGGGGCUGUGAUAAUUCCAUUAUGUGGUGGACCCACCCCAUCCCCACCUCAAGUCCAUGCAGCAAAUUCGAAUCCCUGUAAAAGCGUAAAUUGAUCCCAUCUGCAUUGCCUGGUUUCCCAAUUGGGGUUGGUUUGUUUGUUGGUGAGGUUUGGUUGUUUCAUUUAUUAUUAUUUUUUUUUUAACCUAACCCUGAAGCCUCUUUUAUCCCUCCCUCCCCUUCUCUCUGAAUCUCAAAUACUGAUGUUUUCUGAUCCUGACCCACUUCCUGAAGGGUUUUGUGUGCGAGGGGGAAAGGGAUACUACAUCUUUAAUCAGUAUUUCUGCAUUGCCUGUGUACCUGUCUGUAAAAAUAAAACAAAAAAAGAAGUUUGAA